GAUGCAUAUUGUGACACUAGGGUAAUAAGAAUAAUGUAUCCUGUAGCAGUUAGAGCAAACUGCUACCUCAAACUUUGUAUUAACCCGGUGGUAAUGCUGUAGACAUCUAUCUCCUCGUUUCUGACGGAGUUAGCAAUGAUCUGUCAGCGAUGACACUAGAAACAGCUGCGGCGGCAGGACCGGUUGUAAGGUGAUGACCACGGCUGUUUACUUUUCUACACUCCUAUACCACGGUGGUAGGCAGUGAUUACAUCAAACAUCUGUACCCUCGCGCCAAGUUUAUCUAUAUAGAACGAACUGUCAUGAGCAUGGAGAUUUUGCACACACUGAAAGGACAGCGGUAGAUGUCGCUGCUCGCCUCUAUAUAAGUCCAGCACUGCACUACACCUGUCCUUCAACGGAGGAGCACUGGAAACUUCAAGUAUUUCCUCGAUUUGCGAGUGUUUUGAGCCCAACUGUCACGUGAUCUGUAACUCCAUCAUGAAUGGCACUACAGAAAAAAGCGAGCUUGAACCUGUCGAAAAACAUUUGCUCGGCAAGACCUUUGACAGUCACCAUGACGACAAGACUUGGCCUGCCGAGAGCACUCAUCCUCUGGUCUCCAAGGGGGAUGAAAAGCAGGUCAGCCAGGAGGGAAACAAAAAGUCCGGCAGAACGACCUGGCCACUGAUAGCCACAGUCACGUGCACACUGUUUGGAAUGUCGGCCACUGGAAUAUGCAAAUCAGCUCUCAACUCUCCUCAGAAUUUUAUAAAAAGCUUCAUGAACGAGACAGCCAUCUCACGGGGUCACGACCCCCUGACACACGAGCAGGUCACCUCACUCUACGCCUUGCUGUCCGCCAUUCUGGCGCUAGGGUCAUGCGUGGGGUCACUGCUGACACAAAAGGUUGCGGAUUCCAUUGGAAGAAAGUUGGUGCUGCUGGUUAUUGGUGUCUUGGGAGUGGUGUCCGCUCUACUGAUGGGGUUGUCAGUGGAGGCCAGGAGCCCGGAGAUGUUGUUUGUGGGGAGAGCGAUAAGUGGAAUAACUAUUGGUUUUUCAACAAGCUUGCCGCCAUUUUUCAUGGCGGAGGUACUGCCACGCCACCUGGUUGGUCCGGUGCUGAUGGCCAGCCAGAUGUGCAGCAUGAUGGGUUCAUUGGCCAUCGCUAUCCUCAGCUUCGAUGAGAUCUUUGCGACGCCUGAACUCUGGCCCACCAUAGUUGGUGUCCACGGUGUGGUGUGCUUUCUAAUGCUCGUCCUCUUACCUUGGGUGGUGCAAAGUCCGUCCUUUCUACUCCUCGCUAAGAAUAACGAGAAGGCUGCUUUGACAGCUCUGCAAAAACUACGGGGAACAAGUUAUGUUCACGAAGAAAUCUCGGAACUGAAGGAGCUUGCCUUAUCCAAAAGUAAAAAGUCAAAGUUGACAGUCAUACAGCUUCUAAGAGACCGAUCACAAGCACGAGCCUGCGUUGUCAGCAUCGGAUCUUUCAUCUGCUGGUUCUUCACGGGCGUCGUCACAGUCGUGUUCUACUCAGUGAUUCUGCUGCAAUCUGCGGGGCUGAGUUUACGCGUAUCAAGAUACAUGUCAUCGGCAACAAUCGUCCUGGGAAUCGCUGUGGUUGUCGUCCUCAUCUUCUUUAUCCCGCGACUGAAGAGACGUCACAUGAUGCUAGGUGGCCUGGCGGGCAUGUUUCUGUCCGAGCUCGUCCUAACCUUGGCCCUUGUUUUCAGGAACCAAGCAGACUGGCUCAAGUAUGUCGGCAUCGUGUGCGUCCCUCUCAUCGGCAUGUUCCACGCCCUGGGCCCAGCUCCCCUCCCCUGGAUCCUCCUGCCAGAGCUGUUCGAUACCGAGGCCCGCGGGGCAGCGUCUUCUGUUGGUGUCACGACCUUUUAUUUGUCCUUCUUCGUUGUUGGCUACGCUUUUCCACCCAUGCAGGAGGCAAUAGGGCCUUACUGUAUUCUUCCUUUCAUGGGGAUGUCGGCGUUUUUCUUCGUGUUUUUCUUCUUCUUCAACCUGAAACUGCUGGACGCUUAGC